AAAUGGUCAGCAGUUGUAUAAAGUGUAAAGUUAUGUGUUCGUUGUAAAAGACGCCAAUUUCAAUGUAGAAGGUUAAAGGUGCCAAUGUGUUUGAGAGACUGCAAUAAAUGAGAACAAGGCACGACGAACGAUCUAUAUCCUAACUGUAUCACAAGGAGUAGGCUGCUCGGCGAGAACGGUAGGAUUUUUUGACAUUUAACAAACACAUUUAAUAAAAAAUAAUACUUAUUUCCCAUCGCCAUCCCUGAGACCGACACAGACCGGAACCUUCGAUCGCGUUUUCACAAUUCUACGCACAAUUUAGUGCGGCGGACCCAUUCAGGAAGCGCGUCCCGGCGGCUGUGACCUGCUCGGUGUUUUCAUCAGUAAAAUGGACUUGUAGCCGGAGAGAAGAGACAUGUUUACCUUAAAGGCUUUGCAGAAAAACAAAACGGUCAAAUAUGGAGUCCCUAUGCUUUUGCUCGUAGUCGGAGGUUCCUUUGGCCUGCGAGAGUUUACACAAAUUCGCUAUGAUGCACAGAGGAUCCGAAAAAAGCUGGAUCCGUCACUGGAGGCCAAAGUAAAUGUCCAGAAGCAGUCAGCCAUGCUGGAGGAGGAGUAUGAGAAGUUGAAGGAGGUGAAUUUGGAGGAGUGGAAGAACAUCCGCGGUCCUCGUCCCUGGGAGGACUCCAGGGAGUACCAGGAGCAGCAGCGCGCCAGGCAGAAUAAAAAAGACUGAGGCCCAGCGGGCUGCACGCCCACUGCAGCAGGGCGGACCAGACGGGAAUGGGCCGAGUCUGGGGGCGAAGACGCCGCUAAGACUAGGGGUGUA